UUUUCUCUUUUCUCUUAUAUCACUCGUAUCAUCGGCGGAAAACUUGGCGUCUAUAUAACGAUCCUAUAUAGUUUUCAUAUUUUCUUCGAUCAUUCAUGGUGGAAAGCUGUUACGAUGAAUACCUUCAUAUUUUACUUUAAAAUUUGAAUAACAGUUGCAACAUCGCAACAAUGAUCCGUGUUUUUGUUUGUUAUUUUUGUGAGGUUAUGAGAGAAUAAUUAUGUUUAUUUUUGUAUUUUUCUUAUUUUGUUCUUUUUUCUUUUUUCCGUUUUUUACCAGUGAGAGUUUAGUUACAUAUAAUGGUUAUAUGGUAUAGUUUUAUAUAUCAAUUUAUAUAAUAACUAUAUUAUUGUUUGUAUUCAAUAUAUAAUGUUAAUGUCUUCGAUGUUAUGCUUUGUUUCUUUGUGUAAUGACAAAAUAAUAAGUUGUAAUUUUUAUUACUUAAUGUUCAUUAUCAAAAAAGAGUUGUGUAAGAUUGUUCGUUAAAUCACAAUUUACUUUUGGAAGUUUAUAUUUGUUAUUACUUCGACUUAGAAAAAUCUAUGCACAGAUGCCAUAUAUAGGAGUUGAAGUUUCAUCAUGAAUGCCAGAACGCAAUUAUUUGAAUUAAGUAUGGAGGGUCGGCAGGUCGACGAAGCUGUAGCCAGUAUAUUUCACAGCGUUCUAUUUCAUAGAAGCCUUGGAAAAUUUAAGUACAAACAAGAAGGCAGCUAUUCCGUGGGUACUGUUGGAUAUCAAGAUGUCGACUGUGAUUUCAUUGAUUUCACAUACGUAUGCUGUUCCUCUGUACAUCUUGAUCAAACCUUGAAAAGAGAAAUAUCAGGCUUUUCUGAAGCUUUACGUUCUACGGAUAGUCCUGGUUCUGGUCAAAUAUCGUUAGAGUUUUUUCAGAAAAAAAAGAAUCGUUGGCCGUUUCAGGCAGAGUGUAUACCGUGGGAAGUAUGGACAGUGAGGCUUGAGCUUAUAAAAUUAGCAACGGAGCAUGAACGUCAAAUAUGUAGGGAGAAGGUUGGUGAUUUGUUGACCGAUAAAAUUCUAUAUAUAACCGAGGUCAUGAAUAGGCAUGACUAUUUACCAAAAAUGCCAAAUCAGGCUGAAUUAGAUUUGAUUUUUGAUACUUCUUAUCCGGACAUUCAGCCUUAUCUCUUUAAAUUGUCUUUCACAACUUCUAGCCCAUCGAGUUCUACCAUGGGUAAUACAAUGAAAAAGUUGAUUAAGGAGACAUUGUCCAUUUAGUCGUAACAUAAAUUUUGAUCCUCAUAGAUUAGAUUAAAUUAAUCUUUGAAGAGAAGAUUGAUGUAUAAAAUAUAUAAAUUUGUGCAGUUUCUUUUACAGUGAUCACGUAUGUAUUUUACAGUGAUCUGCUACUGUACCUUAUACAAUUUCGCUUCUUUGUUAGAUCUUCUACUUUGCAAUAAUAGAAACUUUUGAUUGUUUGAAUGUAGUACGUUAUUACAUUGAAAUAACAUUCGUUUUAAUUCGAGCAAACUUUUCACCAAAGCAGAGAAUUUGCCAGUCCUGGGAAGCGUUCUUCAUUUAUUGUCAAAACAUAGUAAUAUGACUGGUGAGAAAUAUUCUAUAAAAGGCAUGUCUAAUACAUGCUCGUAUAUAGUUCGUACGUGAGUCUGUAAAGAUAGUUCUGUGUCAGCAAUAUCAUAAUGUAUUUUAUAAUAUAGUAAAUACAUUACUGCGUACAUUGCAGCUAUCAAACUGCUAACGUACCUCUUCAACUUUAUAGUACAAAUAAAUGUAAAGUUCGUUUUGUUUUGUACGUCAUAUAUACGUCCAUUGCGCGAUUCAACACAAUUGUUGAUCAUACUUUUAAUAUAAAUCUUCCAUUGCAUUGGUUACUUCUGCAAAUGUAUAUAUUACAUACAUUUUGCAAUUAAAAAAUUGUAUUGUUUGCGCAAUGAUCUGGCUGUUCGAUCACAAGAAGUGAAAUCAGUUUUAAUCUUUCCAAAACUUAAGUACUUUACUCUGCUAGUUUGUCAGCAGGAAUAAAAUAGUUAAGAUCGAUUAUCACAUAUUGUACAUUUUAGGAUGUCUUAAGGAGACAUGUGAUACGUAAAUUUUUAACAUUUAUUAGAAAUGUGGUGCAUGACAUGUUUUUUAGUUUUGCAGAUUCAAAACUUUCUAUAAAAAGGAGUCACAAAUCAAAAAGUGCAAAUGUUUUUUUGAGUUAACGUGCAAUCUAAAUGCUUAUGAAGGAUUAAAAAUACUAGAGUCAAAAUAUAGCUAUCUAAUUAGAUGUCGUAAACUGAAAAGAAACUUUGCGGGGUAUGUCUGACUUUCUAUUAAGAGUUACCAAUUAGUUUCCUUGCGUUAAUGCUGCAAUGUUUAGCGGUUAAAAACUAGUAUUUGAUUUAAAAAUAUGUGCUUUGUGAUAUGACUAAUUUUGGUUUAUGAUACUUUAUAAGAAACAAAGAAACAGACAAAGAAAAGAAAAGAAAAAUUUACUACCAUUUUGAGUUCAAUCAUAGCUCAAACUUUGGCUCUCAUUUUAAAAAAAUAAGUUUUAAUAACGUGUUUCGUAAUUUAUAUGAGAAUUACAGAAGAAUCAAGUAAUACUCACAAGCAGCUAUCAUUAAAAAAAAAAGAAAGAAAAAAAAAAACAAAAAAAAAAGAAAAACAAAAAAAAAGAGACUAAAACAAAACAAAAGAAGUUCUUAUAUACUCUGCUUUGAUCGUACUUCAGAUAUUUAAUUUAGAUCAAUAGAAAAACUUAUAUCAAAUCAAGAGACACAUAUGUAUGUACGGCAUACUAUUUACGUACGAAUUAAAUUUGCAAGAUCUGUACCUCGAAAUGCUACUCAAAUAAUAUCAGUACAAUAUUUUUGAAACAGAAAUGCGAUAUUAUCAAGAUUUAAAACAUAUAUACAGUUUUUAUUUCAUAUCGAUGAAAGCUAAAGGAAAGAAGAUCCUGUUUCUCUAACGUUAUAUUUUUUAGUAACUUGCAUAAUAUAUUAUUCCCAAUUAUCUUUUUCCGAACUUUAAUUGUACAUAGAUCUAACAGUUGUCCACGAUUCUUGAAUCCAUCCAUGCUUUGUUCACUUAUUUAUAAGAUAUGUAAAUUCUUAAAGAGUGAUCAGAUUGCUUGGAUUAUGUUACAUACAUGAUCAUAUAUGAACUUUCUAUAUAUGAAUAUAUAGGCGCAAAGAACGUUUUUAACUAUGAUAUAUGCAUAAACGUGACUGUUAUUUAUUUUUAUGAGUGAUUCGUACAACGUAUGUGUAAACAUACGUUUGAAUAUAUUUCUGGUAAUAGUGUAAAUGUGCUGAUUAGCGAAUUACUUUGUAUACUGCUUUUUUUUUUGUUUGAUAUUAUAUAACACGUCUUUUUUUUUUAUUAUUAUUAUUAUUUCUUUUUUUUUUUUUUUUAAUCAGAAUUAUAACGCUGUGUCUUCAAUGUGUAACAGCAUCACUCGUAAAACACACCGGGUGAUACGAAAGAGGAAAACUAAAAUUUUCAGUCCCAAUUGAAUUCUCAAACGUUUUGUGCCUUCGUAUAAAGUUUUUAUAGAUGUUUAGAGGAUAAUGUCAUAUCUACUAAAAAAAGAAAAAAAAGAAAAGGAAAAACAAAGAAAAAUUAUAAUCGGUUAUAUGAAAUUAACAAUAUUGGACGGCCAUUCAUUUUUAAAAAAGAAAUAGAAAAAUCUUUUCUGCACGUUACGAAGUUUUGCUAAUAGGCAGCAUAAUUCUGUUGAUCAUAAUGUAUUAUCUAAUCAGAGAGAAUUAUUUACAAUUUUAAACUAAGAAAAUACAAAUGCGUAUUUCUGGAAAGGAAUUUCGUAGUAACUUGUCUAAAAUAAUGUAAAUAAAAUUAAAUGAAAAUAUAAACUGAUAUAUAGCCUGAUACUACGAAAGCAAUAUCUUUUCCAGAAUUCACUUCUUACUAUAUAUAUAUAUAUAUAUCUGCGGCUAAUUAGUAGUAAAUAAUAUGUAAUAUUAGUAGUCAAAUACGCACAGUCAUAUUAUCAUUUAAUUUAUUUAUCACUAAUUAUUUGCCCUUUUGAUCGUUACUUAACGUUUAUGAAUUUUUUUCUUUUCUAUCUCUCUCUCUCUCUCUUUUUUUUUCUUUCUUUCUUUCAGUAUGUAGUUAACUUAAGUAGUAUAAAUUCUUUAUUAAUAAUUAUAUAUAUAUAUAUAUAUAUGUGUCUUUUUAAAAAUAUUCUUUCAUCGAUCGUUAAGAUUAACAUUUCUUUUACUUUAGUUCUUACUAUGAUUUGACUGUAACUUUUUUCCCUCGCACCACCCGGUAUAUACCCUGCACGAAUGUAUAAAGUAAAAAUAUCUUGGAUAUAGAAUUUCGUGCUGUAACAAUUGUAAUAAAGAGCAAAAGUUAUAUAUAAAUAGCUUUAUAUAUAUAU